AUGGAGUUCGUCGUCACCAACACCAUCCAGGUGCAUCCCAAGGCGCUGGUCCGCUUCUCCGAGCUCAAAGACGCUGCUGCCAAAGCUGAGAUUGCCCGCCUGACGGCCGCAUACGAUGACAAGCAUAAACCCGACUGCUUCGUCGACAAGUUGGCGCGUGGGUUUGCCGCCCUCUGCGCCGCAGUCUACCCACAACCCGCUAUCCUACGGUUCAGUGACUUCAAAACGAACGAAUACGCGCGUCUGAUCGGAGGUGCCGAGUUUGAGUUGCAUGAAGAGAGCCCCAUGCUUGGAUUCCGCGGUGCCUCACGGUACUACUCACCGCGGUACAAAGAGGGAUUCGCGCUAGAUCGUCGUGCGAUUUGA